GCAUUUCAUAUAAUAAUAAUUCGGAAAAUCAAAACAAUAUAUCACAAAUAUUUUCUGAUAGAUUUGGUCUUGGUUUUGGUAAAUUAAUCUCUCAAUAUUGUAAAAGUAAAAUAAUAAACAAUUGUUCACCCGGUGCCAGCUACAAUGAGAUAAUAGAAAAAAUUAAAUUGACAAACCUUAAUACCACUUCAACUGCCAUUAUGCUAUUUGGAGAUAGUCUAGCAGUCAAAAAACAAAAUAUAAUAGAAAGUGUUGAAUCAAUGAUAAAAUUAAAUAAUACAACAAAUUGCAAGUUUAUCAUCUGUGCCUUACCAUAUUCUAAAAAUUUUACUAUAGAACAAAAUCAGUACAUAUUUAAUUUAAACCUAUUAAUGUACAAUAUAACUAGGCAAUACAAUAAUAGAAUAAUGUACUUUGAUACAAAUAAAUUUAUAAAUAAUUUUGUAGUGACAAAUGAUACAAUGUAUCUAAGUUUUUAUUAUAAACGACAAAUUGCUAUAUUGAUAGCAAAUAAUAUACAAAUUGACCCGGGUUCUACUACGGUAACCUCUUCUUUUAAUAAUAUUAGUAGUUCUACUAAUACAACUAUUGAUACACCUGAUAGUUUAAACUACAUGGUGCGACAAAGGGUGGGCCACAUCAACUGAAUGUUGUACAUCAAAACAUUCAGGGCCUUUCCGGCAAGGAUUUAGAAUUAAGUUUAUUCAUUGAACAUUAUAUGGUACAAGUAAUGUGCAUAACUGAGCACUGGCACAGAAAUAGUGAAAUAAUAUUCCUUAAUAACAGUAAUUAUUCAGUACAAAGUUCAUUCGUUAGAAAGGAAGCCAUCCAUGGUGGCUCUCUUAUAAUUGUAACUAAUAAUUUAAAGUGUAAGGAACGUUCAGAUAUAGUAAAAUUAUCAGUCGAGCGCAAUGUAGAAUUAUCAUGUGUUGAACUGGAGCAGUUUGUUAUAAUUUGUGUAUACAGGCCUCCUUCAGGUGAUUUUAACACUUUUGAAUCAGUAAUGGAAAAUUCUCUCUCUAAACUUAAUUCCACUAGUAAAUCACUUUUAGUUUGCGGUGACUUCAAUGUUAAUAUUUUAGAAUCAUCUUCUUUAACUACAAGGUUGCUAAACUUAUUUAAAUCAUUUAACUUAGUAAAUUUAUUUCUAGAACCAACUCGAAUUACGGCAACCUCGUCAACCUGUUUAGAUAAUAUAUUUACUAAUUGUAGCGCCACAGAGACUCUGAUUACCAAUGGCCUAACUUCCGAUCAUUGUGGUCAACUGGCACGGUUUCCUGAUAAAAAGAAUAAAAUCCAGCGGGAAAUAACAUGUCGGCCCUUAACAACCAGUCGUUUUAAUAGUUUUAAAAAUAAUAUUAACGCGAAACUAGACAAUGAAAUAUUAAAUAAAAACAAUCCCCAUUUAAUGUACGGAGCACUAUUUGAUAUAAUAAAAUACGAAUUUAAUUCUAGUUUUAAAACCAAAACGCUCGUACUAAAAGAAACGGCUAACUUCAAUGAGUGGGCUACCCCCGGCAUUUACAAGAGUAGAGUUAAGCUGUAUGAGUUGUAUGAAAUGAAAAAUUAUAAUUUUGAUGAAAAUUUUAUUAGAUUUGUUAGGAAUUAUUCUAAAUUGUUUAAAAAAGUUUGUCAUGCGGCAAAAUCAAUGUAUUUCAGUAAUAAAAUUAAGAAUAGUAAGAGUAUAAUAAAAGCGACGUGGAAUAUUAUAAAUAGCGAGACCGGGAAAAUCAAACAGCGUGAUAAUCAGUAUAAAAUCAUUAAUGAGAAUCAAGUUUAUGAGAAAGAUUCUGAUGUAGCUCGCGAAUUUAAUAUACGUAAGGCAAAACCUAGAUUCAUAUAGUAAAAACAGCGACGUACAUCAUUUUAAUA